GGGGACAGCACACCUAGAAAGACAUUAGUCGACUGCUUUUUUAGGAGUGGUUUUGCAAAACGGAUGGCUCUGUGGAAUGAAGAGUGCCAGACAAAACAAAGAAACUGUGAAACAGGAGACUACAUCUGUGGACCAGGACGAGGGCGUGUGGGAGGUGGCAAUGAGGUGGUGGUAGCCAAAGACCCAGAUAAGAGGGGGAGGAAGGCUGACUCCAGGUUAGCAUAUCCGACUGGGUGAGCUCGAGUUCUGGGCAGUCGUGGAGGAGUCUGUUGUUUCAUUUUCACCAUGGCUGCUGUUCAAACAGAGGUUUCCCUGUGCUCACAGCCAUGGCAGAGGCCCUUGUACAUCUAUGGGGGGUUGGCAUGUAACUCUCUGAUGGCUGACUCCUGGUCAGACAGAACACCUCUCCAUGAGGCCGCCUACCAAGGCAGACUGUUACACCUGAGAAGCCUCAUUGCUCAGGGUUUCCAUGCAGAUACGCUCACAAUGGAUAGAGUCUCUCCUCUGCACGAAGCUUGCCUUGGUGGCCAUUAUGCUUGUGCUAAGUUCCUGCUGGACAAUGGUGCGAAUGUGGAGGCGGUGUCCACAGAUGGCGUUACACCUCUUUUCAACUCGUGCAGCAGUGGGAGUGCUGCUUGUGUCAGACUCAUCCUGCAGCACAGUGCCUCCAUACACCCCCCCCACCAGCUGGCAUCACCCAUUCACGAAGCCGCUAAGAAAGGUCACAGAGAGUGUCUGGAGCUGCUGCUGUCCUAUGGAGCUCAUAUCGACAUGGAGCUGCCAGUGGUGGGGACACCGCUCUAUUCUGCCUGCAUGUCCCAGGCUGUAGCCUGCGUAGGUUUGCUGCUGCACUCAGGAGCAGACGUUCAAAAGGGUUGUGGGCUGGACAGCCCUUUACAUGCUGCAGUUCAAAGCGGAGGAGCAAACGUUGUGGAUCUUCUCCUGGACUUCGGAGCUGAUGGCUGUUGUAGGAACGCGGAGGGAAAGACUCCGCUGGAUUUGUCAUUGCCAAACAGCGCAGUGAGGAUUGCACUACAGAAGAGAGGUCCCUGCUCUCUGUCUCAGCUAUGUCGCUUCUGUAUCCGCCGAAGUCUGGGAAGGACUCGUCUCCACAGAGCCUCCAGCCUCUUCCUUCCUCACAGAAUCAAGGAUUUCCUCCUUUAUCAAUAAGACAUCUUAGCCCCACGCCUGUAGUUCUCUGUGCGUAACGUAA